AUGGAGAUCUACCAGAGCGAAGGCCCCAGCCCCAGCCCCAGUCCCAGUCCCAGCCCCAUCAGUCCAGCUCCUGUCAAAACACCAGCCCUGGGCCUGCCAGCCCGCUCCAGCCCGGCUCAGCCCAGCCCGCCCCCAGCCCCAGCCUGGCUCAGCCCGCUCAGCUGCCGCCCAGCCCAGCCCUGGGCUCCAGCCUGCCUCAGCUCAGCCCACCAGCCCACCCAGCCUGGCUCAGCCUCCGCUCCCAGCCUGGCUCAGCCUGCCCGGGCUCAGUGCCUGCCCGGCCAGCCCGCUCUCAGCCUGGCUCAGCCCCGCUCAGCCCGUCAGCCUGGCUCAGCCUGCUCAGCCUGCCUGCAGCCCAAGGCUCAGUCCCUGCCCUGGGCUCAGCCCGCCUGCCUGCCCGCUCAAAGCCUGCCUCAGCUCAGCCUGCCUCGCCCCAAAGCCUGCUCAGCUCACCAGCCUCAGCUCGCUCAGCCUGCUCAGCCUGCCUGUGUGCCUCAGCUCGUCAAAGCUCUGGCUCAGCCUGCUCAGCUCGUCAGCUGCCUCAGCUCGCCAGCCCGCAGCCAGCUGCUCAGCCGUGCCUCAGCCAGCCUGCUCAGCCUGGGCCCCAGCCCGGUGCCCAGCUUCUCAGCCCGCUGUGCCCAGCCCAAAGCCUGGGCUCAAACACCAGCCUGCUUCAAAGCCUGCUCAGCCCAGCUCAGCCCAGCCCUGUCAGCUCACCAGGCCCUGCCCGGGCCUGCCCGUCUCAGCCUGGGCUCGUCAGCCUCACCAGCCCUGGCCCCAGCCUGGCCCCAGCUCCUGGCUCAGCCCCACUGUGCCUCCGCCCAGCCCGGCCUCCCAGCCCCUGCUCCCAGCCCCCAGCCUGCGCUCCAGCCUGGGCUCAGCCUGGCCUCAGCCCCAGCCCUGGGCCCCCAGCCCGCCUCAGCCCACGCCCAGCCUCCGCUCAGCCCAGGCUCCGCCCUGCUCAAAGCCUGGGCUCAAACAACUGCCCCUGCCUCAGCCAGCCUGCCUGCCUGUCAGCCUGCCUGCGCCUGGCUCAGUCUGCCUGGGCUGCCAGCCUGGUCAGCCUGUCAGGCCUGCUCAGCCUCGUCUCAGCCUCCGCCUGCCUGCUCAGCCAGCCUCAGCUGCUCAAGCUCACCAGCCCUGCCUCAGCCCGCCUCAGCCUCCAGCUCGUUUGGGUCAGCACUGGGUCAGCCCGCUCAGCCUGCUCAAAGCCUGCUCAGCUGCCCUCAGCUCAAAGCCUCAGCCUCAAAGUGCCUGCCUUCAGCCUGCCUUCAACAGUGCCUUGCUCCAGCCCAGCCCAGCCUGCUCGCCUCAGCCCGCCUCAGCCUCAAAGCCUGCCCCAGCCCCCGUCUCCGCCCCAGCCCCUGGCUCAGCCCCCAGCUCAGCCUGGCCCCAGCCCUGGCCUCAGCCCGUCUGCCUCAGCCCAGCUCCGCCCCAGCCUGGGCCUGCCUGCUCAGGCCCCGUGCCCAGCCACCAGCCCGCCCAGCCCCGGCUCCCAGCCCGUCCCGCCCCAGCCUGGGCCUCAGCUGGGCUCCAAAGCCCGCCUCCAGCCUGUCUCCAGCCCGCCCAGCCCGCUCAGCCCAACCAGCCUGCCCAGCCUCCCAGCCUCAGCCUGGGUCAGCCCGGGCCUGCCGUGCCUGGGCUCAGCCCGCCUGUGCCCCAGCUCCGCCUGCCUGGCCCCAGCUCCGGCCUCAGCCUGCGCUCAGCUCACCGCCUGCCUCAGCUCCGCUCAGCUCGCCCGCCUCAGCCUGCCUCAGCCUGGGCUCAGCUCCGGCUCAGCCCGCCCAGCCUCACCUCAGCUCCGGCUCAGCCUGCCUCAGCCUGGCUCAGCCUGGCUCAGGGUGCCUGCUCAGCUCAGCCUGCCUCAGCCCUCAGCCUGCCUCAGCGCCUGCCUCAGCCUCGCUCAGCCUGCCUGUGCCUGCCUGCCUCAGCUCAGCCUGCCUAAGCCUGUUUAAAGCCUGUUAA